AUGUCGUCAGAUCUUGAGAAGGGCUCGUCUUCCCUGCAAAGCGUGAGCCAGUCCGAGUCCGAUCUCGAGAAUACGCCCACUAGUGAGCUCAAGGACCCGCUCCCUGAAUCCAAGCCCCAGUCGACAUGGCGACGUUUGAUAUCCAUCCUGAAAGGCGGCGGAGAGACUCGCGGCAUUGAGCCGGUGCCUCUAGAAGAGCGACAGCCGGUCACCGCGUCGACCUCGUUGCACAUGUUACUCAUGUGGUUUAGCAUGACGCUCGCCACAAACAACAUUAUCGUGGGAUCGAUUGGAACAUUCGUGUUGGGCCUCAGCUUCAAGGAUGCAGCGUUAUGUGCAGUAUUUGGAAACCUCCUCGGAGUGUGCACAGUAGGAUAUGUGAGCUCAUGGGGACCCGUCAGUGGAAAUCGCACCUUGAUCGUGGGCCGCUACUUUAUGGGAUACUAUCCCAGCAAGGUUUGCUGUGCGAUUAACGUUCUCACCAAUCUUGGCUACUGCAUGGUCAACAGCGUCGUUGGAGGUCAAAUCCUGUCCAGGGUUUCUGGCGGACAGGUCUCCGUGCUCGUGGGAAUCGUGAUUGUAGCCGGGUUGAGCUGGAUUAUGGCCAUGUUCGGUAUGAAAAUCUUCGCAAUCUAUGAACGAUUUGCGUGGUUGCCGCAAUUGAUGGUGCUCUGCGUGAUGCUUGGCUCAGCCGGUCCCAAAUUCAACUUCAACAUUCACACCGAAGUCUCUCGGGGCGUUCUUAACGCCAAGCGCAUGACUUUCUUCUCUCUGUGCCUGUCCAUUGCCUUGGCCUGGGCGCCAUUGGCAGCAGACUACUACGUCUACUAUCCACCCCACGUGAAGCGCUGGCGCACCUUCACCUUGACAAUCCUGGGAUGCGGCCAGGCCAUGUUGAUCACGAUUCUGAUCGGAGUAGGACUCGGCACGACGCUGGCCAGCUCCGCCGAGUACAGAGACAAGUACGGCGACAGCCCGGGUGGUCUGUUGAUGAUGGCGUAUGAUUCCCUCGGAGGGUUCGGCAAGUUCUGUGCCGUGAUCAACGUUCUCGCACUGCUGGCCAACAACACGCCCAGCGUGUACUCGAUGGGCAUGAACUUCCAAAUGCUCGGUGAUUUCUUCCGCAAGGUCCCCCGCCCUGUGUUCGUCACUUUCAGCACGGUCAUCUAUGCCGCGUCUGCCAUGGGUGGCCGCAACCAGCUGUAUGAGGUAUUCAAGAGCUUCCUCCCGCUUAUCGGGUACUGGGUCAUGAUGUUCUUUGUGAUUAUUCUCCAGGAGGAUAUCCUGUUCCGCCGCCGCCGCGGCUAUGACUGGUCUGCGUGGAACACUCCGCAGAGGUUGCCCAUGGGGAUUGCAGCUGGGGCGGCGUUCCUGAUUGGAUGGGCGGGGGCUAUUGUUGGCAUGGACCAACCUUACUAUGGCGGUCCUGUUGCCAAGUUGGCCCAUGGCGCAGAUCUCGGAACGUGGCUGGGAGCAGGAUUCACCUUCAUCUCGUUCCCACCCCUGCGCGCGCUCGAACUGCGGUUCAUCGGGCGCUGA